AUGGAUGAUGAUGAUUUUUACGAUUACGAACAAUAUGGUCAAUACAAAAUAAAUCACCAAGCACCACUACAGAUAGAUAAGAUUCGACAACAACAUCAACAAAAAAGAGUAUCGUCCGUUGUCCCUUCUUUUUCAUCAAAAGGAUUAAAAAAUAAGUUUAGUCCAUCAUUCAAAGAAAAGGAACAAACAAAACACAAGAAACAAAUAUUUGAAGAAAAAAAGUGUUAUUACUGUGGAGAGAGUGAAGGGGUUGUGAAGUGUGUUUGUGGGAAAUAUAUUUGCAAUGGUCCAGUAUCCAAUUGUGGUGAUUGUCAGAUCUUGGUUCAUAUCAAGAAUUGUCGCCAUUAUACUUUCUCGUGUGGUGGUCAUAAUAUUGAGUGUUGUCGUUGUGGGGACACAAAUAUUUUUGACUUGUUAUUUCGUCUUGGUGAUCCGAAGUUUUAUUGCAGUGAUUGUCUAAAGGAAAACGAGAGAUUUUUGUACAGUGAACAUGUUGCAAAACAAGGUGUAUUCUCUUUAAAUAAUUUAGAUCAGACACAAACAAUUGGCACAUCAGUUCAUGUUGUUAGCCUUGAUGUAGUGAAUGCUAUUGACGAUGUAGUGGAAAACACUUUUGUUGAGGCAAGAGUUCGAAACAAAUAUUUGUCACCGAGUGAAUAUUGCUCUGUUUAUAAAACACUUGUAAAUUACGAAAAUCAACAACAAAGUUGGGAGGAGUAUGUGAUUAAGACGGAGAUAAAUUUUAUUAAUGAAAAUGACCGUGUGUUUGCUGUUAUAAGUAGAAAAAAGCACCAGAAAAUGCCUCGUUCAACGUCGAAAUUUAUAUUAUGUGGAAAAGGACAGAGGGGGAUUUUAAACUUGGAAACACUUGACUUUGUGAUUCUCAAUUGUGCUACUUUGUUUUCCAAAUGUGAUUUUGUAGUGUAUGGCGAGGUUCUUUCUACGGGCCCAAAUUCAGCGAAAUUGCAAAUCAAAGAAAAUUAUUUUCAAGAGUUAUUACCUCAAUAUUUUCAAGAAGUCCCAAAAUACCUAUUUGGCGCUAAAGAGAGUUGGAAAACAAAAAUAUUCCGUUUGUAUGUAUUGACGGAUAACUGUAGCUCGGAAGUAGUCACCAAUGGUCUUCACCUUUUUGAGAAAAGGCAAAACACAAAUGAAUACAUCAGUACUAUUUUAGGAACAGUUGUGCCAAAAACAAAGGAAGUGUUUAGUUUUAUGGAUAUCAAUCCGCCUGGAUUGAAAAAUCCGGUUGAAUUGAAUGCAAGUCAAAUUGCUGCUGUUUUAAGCGCUUUAAAUAAUCAUUUGUCAUUAGUUGUGGGUCCUCCAGGGACAGGGAAAACAUCUGUAGCAGUUUCUAUUGUACAACACAUUUUGUUCUACCGAGAGAAAAUUGAGAUACAACGAAUAGAAAUGAAUACUGGAAGAGAUUUUAUUCCACAUAGAGGUAAAGACAUUUCUAUCAACAAAAAGGUCUUGGUGUCCGCUUCAAGCAACAAUGCCGUGAAUGUGUUGUGUGAACGUCUUGUUGAUUUUGGAAUUUCUGUUGUGAGAAUUCCAGCUGACGAAAAGUACGCUGAUUUGAGCGACAAAGUUAGAGGGGUUUCGCUUCUGUACCGAGCAUAUGAAUAUUGCAAACAUGCUGAUGUUGACAAAGAUGGUAACAGCCUUUCUGAUAUUCAAAAUUUAUUGAAAAAGAAAAUAGACAGUUUCUUCACUCAACAAGAAAAUAAAGAGAUAUGUCGGAUAGAAGAGGAAUACAAAGAAUCGCCAAAACUUCAACUGAUGUUUAAAGACUUUCAAAAAUACCUCUCGUUCGCAAACAACAAACUGUACCAACGAAAAAGGAUAACACUCAGUGACACUGAAAACAAAACAAUCAAUGACUUUACAAGGAUAAACCUUGCAGAAAUUACAGAAAAUUAUGACGUUAUUGCAGCUACAUUGUCAAAGGCUGUUUUCAAAAUAAAAUUUGCGUGCGCAGUGAUUGAUGAAUCAGCACAAUCCAUUGAACCCGAAACGUUUAGUGGGAUUAUGAAUGUCCAAAAGGCAGUUUUGAUUGGUGAUAUUCAGCAGCUUCCUCCGACAGUCGUCUCGAAUGAAGCAAAGAAUGGCGGGCUUGAAAAGUCAAUGUUUGAACGACUUUUACAAAACGGUGUUGCUUAUGCUCUCCUCACUACACAAUACAGAAUGCACCCCGCUAUUUCGCAAUUCCCAAAUAACAAUUUUUAUAAUGGAAAACUGGUGGAUGGUGUUGAUGAAGAUGACAGAUUUGAUGAAAGAAUUGAAGGACUUUUCCCAAAUAACGAAUUUCCAGUGAUGUUUGUUCAUUGCAAAGGCGAUGAAUUUUAUGGAACAAGUGGGAAGAGUUAUGGAAACGACGAAGAGAAGAAAGUUGUGAAAUUUAUGGUAAAAAAAUUGAAUGAAAAAAAUAUAAGAGAUGAUGAAAUUGGUAUUAUCUCGCCAUACGCUACACAACGAGAGUUACUUGGGGAAGAACAUAAGACCAUAGAAGUAUCAAGUGUUGAUGGAUUCCAAGGAAACGAGAAGCCAUUUAUUAUCAUAUCAUGUGUGAGGUCAAACGAGAAUCGUGGCAUUGGAUUUGUUGGAGAUCAUCGAAGACUUAACGUUUCGCUAACACGAGCAAAAUAUGGGUUGGUAAUAAUAGGUGAUGCUUACACACUUAUGAUAAACCCAAUUUUCAAAAAUUUGAUGAAAUUUUUGUAUGACAAAAAUUGCUUUGUUGUUGCAAAGGAGGUCGAAGGAAAAGUCUGUGUUGUGAGCGAAGAAGUUCCUACCAUCGAAAAAAUAAAACUGGAGAGGUCACAAUUUCAAAUGGUGUAUGACGCGAAUGAAGAAAACUCAAGUAAAAUCGAAGAAAUCGAAAAAAUAAUUGAGGAAAAAGAGUUAAAUGAAAUUCGCAAAAUACGGAAAUUCGAACCGCCUAAUUUGGACGUCUCACGUCGCUGCAAACAACCAAGUGAAUGCGUGUGUACUAAUAUUUUGGAAAAGAUUGAAGAAGACAAUAUUAGACGAAAUCCAGUAGUGAUAAACAAAGAAAUUCCAUUUAUAAAUUUUUUGAAUGGAGGUGUUGUAACUAUUGAAAUCGAAGACUGCUUUUUUAAGUAUCGAUUUGGUCGUAUUUGUGAAAAAGAAAAAAAUGUGAAACUUGACGUUGAAAGAAAUGGAAAAUUAUUUGCUGUUGUUGACCUGACAAUUAAAAUGGAAAAUACAAAAAAUUACAAACGUAUCAACUCAGACAUCAUUUAUAAUAUACAUGUAUUAAAAAGGUAUUACAAUUACUUAGUGAAUGUUGAUGUUUCAGUGUUAGAAACUCUCUUUGAAAAAAGUUUUGGUCAGACAAAAGUUAUAAAUAAAAAAAGUACUAUUUUACUAGUACAAAAAGAAGGUGGUCUUUACAAAAACGAGCGUGGAGACGAAAGAAGAGACUUAUUUAUAUUAAUUUCUUCAGUAGAUAACAAUGCGUUCUUAACAGAAGAGGAAAAGGUGAUUAACGAAACUCUUGAUGUUGAGAUUAAAAAGUUAGAAAAACCCAUUGAAGUGUUUCGGAAUGUUUAUGUAACAGUUGAUGAUUUACUUAAGGAAAAAACUUACUUUUGUACUGUUGAUGGUCAGACAAUCGUUGUUGAUUUAAAAAGAGGGAUUCAACUUGACAAACCAAAACAAUACAAACUAUCUUGUGAUAAUUAUCGAACAAAAACGUUGUAUUUGUCAAUUGUUAUUAAAGAUAAACAAAAUGUUGAUAUGUUAAAUGGUAUUACGUCUAAAAGGGUAUUCGUCGAUAAUCGCUUUGAGGGAAUGACUAUUGUUGGACACAUAAAAGAUUUAGAAGAGAAAUAUCAUAGAGCACAAUUUGUUUUACAGAAAACCACAAAACUGUUGUUGGAAGAAUGUGGAUUUUACUUGAAUGACACAACAAAAAGCGACUUAAUUGUCGAACUGAUUCUUGUUGACAAGGAACUGAUUGAUGACGAUCAACUUGAACAAUUUUUUGUUUCUAAAAUAGUCUCUUAUUGA